UCUGAGACCCAAACAUUGUACUUUUCUAAAUAAAUUAUCGCUUGAGUAAUGGUCAGUGUGCGGGACUUUCCUUUUAAGCUUUCGACACUUUUGUGCAAUGUUUUUGUCACGUUUCUGUCGGUUUUUUUAAACGUUUGACGCGUUUUUUUUUUUUUUUUCACUUCCACUCCCACUGACGGCAACUUCUAACCACUACAGUUUCUUAUUUUUGGAACUCAUGGUCAAUAAACGAAGACGAAGGGAGCUAACUCCCUGCGCGUGUUCACCCCACCCUCCCCUUGCCUGCCUCCGCGAGCCCCCUCCCGCGGCUCAGGACCCGGAUUGUAACUUUAUUUGUCUCGGACAAACUUUGCGAAUGAGUUUGAACGAGCACUCGCUGCAGGCGCUGUCAUGGAGGAAGCUGUACCUGAGCCGGGCCAAGCUCAAAGCCACCAGCCGGACUUCGGCGCUGCUUUCCGGCUUCGCGAUGGUUGCCAUGGUGGAGGUGCAGCUGGAGCGUGACCACGACUACCCCCCCGGGCUGCUGAUCGCCUUCAGCGCGUGCACCACGGUGCUGGUGGCCGUGCACCUGUUCGCCCUGAUGGUCAGCACCUGCAUCCUGCCCAACCUGGAGGCCGUCAGCAACGUGCACAACCUCAACUCCGUGCACGAGUCUCCGCACGAGCGCAUGCACCGCUACAUCGAGCUGGCCUGGGCCUUCUCCACGGUGAUCGGCACGCUGCUCUUCCUCACAGAGGUGAUGCUGCUGUGCUGGGUGAAGUUCUUACCGCUGCGGAGCACCAAGGAUGGGAACAACACCCUCAGCUCUGGCGAGAAGGCCGCCAUCGCCUCCACCUGCAUCAUGGUGCCCUUCGGCCUCAUCUUCAUCGUCUUCGCCAUCCACUUCUACCGCACGCUCGUCAGCCACAAAACGGACCGGCAGAUCCGUGAGCUGGAGCAGGUGAUCCAGCUCCAGAACCAGCUGGACCACCGGCCGGAGAACGAGGACCUGAAGCCACCCAUCCACUUUGCUUAAUCUGCACAUGCUCUUAUUCUGAAAAACUGCCUUUUCUGUGUGUAUGAACUAGGCAAACACGCCAAAAAAAAGGUUACAAAAACACAGGAGAAAGCGACAAAAAAAUGCCGUUGCUCUUCUAAAGGCUUUAUUUUUUAUGCUUAUAAACUAGGCAAACACGCCAAAAAAUGACAAAAAAGGGACUUAAAGUCAAAAAAAUGUAUGCUUAUGAACUGUGCAAAUAUGCUUUUGUUUUGAUAAUGCAUGUCCACAUAUAGUUUUACCUUUUAACUUGACAUUCAGCAAGGACUUUUAUUGUGAAAUCUCUUCUAAAGGCUUUAUUUUUUAUGCUUAUGAACUCUGCAAACACCCUGAAAAAAUUUCCAAAAACACAGAAGAAAGCUACAAAAUAGCGAAGAAACUUUGCAAAGAUGCUUUUUUUGGGGGAUAAUGCAUGUCCACAAACUUGUAUAUCUUAUAAUAUUCUAAAGAAAAGAGACGGAGGGACAGAGGACAAAGUUCAGAGCUUGUGUUUGGUGUUUUCAAUCUUUCUUGUGGCUGAGAUAGAGGCAGUGGUCUUUCCUGUUUCCUGUACGGGACUCUCACACCGCCUCAAAACACCCCCACAAGUCUGAUCUCUGUCACAGUUUUUCCAAAAGUGGAGUCAGUCUCAACUUUUGGCAGCAGGUUUUUAGACUUGAUUUAGAGAGGCAUAUAGACUCAGAAUCCACAACCAGACAUCUACAGCACGAUUUAUCUCACACAUAACACACACACACAUCAGUACAUAGAAUCCGAUAAAAAGGAGUAUGUUGCACUUCUCUAAAAGGCCUAAUGUCAUAAAUAAAUAAAUGAAACUACGGCACGGUA